AAGAUUGAAGAGGAUUUCGAAACGUAAAUAAACAACGCUCGAGUGUUUAUAAACUCCUGUUUUCUGCUGUAGUUAAAUUAAACGAUUUUUAAUGUAGCCUCUAGGCUCUAUCAAAACCGGUGAGAUAAUCCUCGAAUUAUCCGAUCACUACUCAAAUGUCACUGAAUCCAGAAUGGAAUUUUACGUGCCGGAUUUGCCUUCGCGAGGGUGAAUUCCGAUCGCUGUUCGAAAUUUGCCCGGAAUCGAAGCUGAGCUACUGCGCUAAGGUGAUGCAGUGCAGCAGUGUCGUGAUUCGGCAGAAUGAUUCUCUACCGGAGAUAAUCUGCACCAUGUGCAUUCGAGAGCUGGAUGUGGCCUAUCGGUUUCGAAUCAACUGCGAAAGUUCCGAUGCGAUUUUGCAAUCGUACCGGGAGGCUACGGUCGACGACAAAAUAAGUGAGAUCGAAAUGGACGAGAAUUCGAACUGCUCGUCGGAGAUACAGAUUCCGAUCAGUUCGGAUGUGAUGUACAGCUAUAAACCACCUUCGGGAUUGAACGUUAAGUUGGUGUCCCGGGGGCAAGCGAUACUUCGGGAGAACAAUGGGGAGACAAUCAUUUAUGGACGCCCCCGAGCGGAAUUAAUACCGGUUGGGGUUGAGAGAGUUGAUUGUGACGAAUCUUCCACUGCAGACGAACCAGAAUCACCGCCGCCGCCGCCGGAUGACGACGAUGUGGAUUCGUUGAUAACGUAUGACGAUGCUUUGCCGCCUUUAUCGUUCCGGAUGGAAAGCGCUGACGAAGUGCAACCGGGCACGGACGAAGGGACCGUUGUGCGGUCAGAGUUGAUUAAUGAACUGGGGGUCGAAGAGCAUACUCACACUGUCGAUAGUGGAAAAACACCUGACGACAGCAGUGUCGAUAUGUUCUUUGUAACGGAACUGGUUGACGUCGAUAAGGAAGAUGAUCUGUUGGACGAGCUGGCGAGCAUCAAACGCGAGCAAGACGAAGAGGAUUGGGAAGUUCUAUGUGACGAAGAAGACAGCAAGGGAUACUUCAGAAAGUUUCCACAAGUGAGAGCAACUAAAACUCUAACUACAGGCAGGUUGGGUUCGAUGCAAGUUCAGUCGAAUUUGAUCAAAACUAUACAAACAAUCCGGAAGGCAAACGUUCCGAACGAGGAGAAACCUACGAUUGAGAAUAUCAUCACAAAACCGGGUCCCGAUGGAUCGCUGGAGACGGUUAUUCGGGUGAAGCGGAACUUGAAAACCCCCAAGCAGCGGCAUGUGUGUAAGCUGUGCCAGCGAUCGUAUAAAUACAAGCACGCCUUGGAGACUCAUCUGCGAAGACACCGGGGGGAUAAACCGUACAAGUGUACGGACUGCGACAAGGCUUUCGUUGUGCCGUUCGAGUUGCGGCGACACAUGCGGACACAUACGGGCGCUAAACCGUACAAGUGUAAAUACUGUGAGCGACAAUUUUCCGAUUUUGGCAGUAAAAUCAAACACGAACGAACACACACGGGAGAAAGACCAUACACCUGUGAUGUUUGUGACAAAAGUUUCACCUAUUCCCACGUCCUCAACAGUCACAUGUUAAUCCACACCGGCGUCAAAAAAUACUCCUGUCCAAAUUGUGGAAAACGAUUCACUAAAUCACAUCAUCUGAAGGCGCAUUUGAACACGCACGUUAGGCCUGUUGCGACUGGCAGCAGUAGCAGUGUUAGUAAAAGUAGUCUGAGAACGGAAAGCAAAGGUAAUAGAAAACCUGCUGCUCACGUUACGAAAAACGUCUCCAAAGUAGAGGACGGAAUGUUGAAUAAGCUGGACCAAACAGAGCAGCAGCACUCUAACAGCAACCAACGAAUAGAACACCGAAGUGCCGAAUUUGGUUUGGAUGAUCCAACAAACAGUACGGAUGGUAGUCCGUUCGGGCAGCUUGUGAACAUAAGUGACUACAUGAUUUCCGCCAAAGGCUGUAGCGAAACGGCUUCGAUUGGCGCUAUAAUGGCCGACGAUGAGGAGGAUGUUGGCGCCGCCGGGUCGGAUGCCAUCGGGGAGGAUGACGAUCCCCUGCUGAACGUGGUGACCGUACUGACGGCCAACCAGGUGGCCGGCCUGGUCGAUGGGGACUACGGCAGCAUACGGAUCGUGAACGGAUCAACCAUCAAACUACAAUACGCGACUACACAGAUUUUAUCCGAUUCUGACUACAACAAUCGUUUAAUGAGAACGUGCUGAGGUUGGUAAGUUAAGUGUCUUCACAUUUAUCAUAAAUACUAUUUUAAAA